ACUGUAUAUAUAAUACACAGUGUAAUGCUGUGUAUUUAAUAUUGUUGUUGUCACCUCCCUCCAAAACACCAAUAUAUUUUGAAAAUACAAACACUGAAAACAGCAGUUUUAUUGUUGGAAUAUUUAUAUAUUAUACAUCAUAUAAAUGUAAAAACUCAGAACAUUGACCUCAGGAUAAUUGAUAACUGUCGUAGUUUGUGUAAAAAUGUUUGAUGAUGAGUAAGGUUUUGUAGUGUUGAAAUUUAAAAACAAAUAAAAAAAAAACAAUUCUAGAAGACGGUGGUUCUUAAAGACAAGAGUUCCUGAAAGUCAAUUCCAGUGACUCAAUCAGAAUCACUCUUCAUUCUUAACACACUCUCAAGUGUGUACGUUACCAUGGCAAUGGUUUUGUAGUGUUGACAUUUGAAAACAAGAGUUCUUGAAAGUCAAUUCCAGUGACUCAAUCAGAUCAUUGUUGAUCCACUCUUCAGCUGAACACAUACCGUUCAUUUGUGCCUGUUGAAUCAACUGUGCUUGAGUACGCUCUACUCUCCAGUCUAUUAGAAAUCGUUGGAAAAUUUUCAUUGUGACUUUGACACUUCAGCCUGCUCUGCAUGAACAGCAACAACAUACCAAUGGAGUUCGUUGAAGGAAGCAGAGGCAUCUACAAACCCAUCAGGGUGUUGUUCGACACGCCCAUAUAUGAGCGGGCUUUGCAGCUCUGCUGGCAUGUGAAGUCUUACAAGUCCAAGAUUGCAUUGGUGAUUGAACUUUUGAGGCUUCAGCAGGAAAAUAGGAUCCCAUCUAAGGUGACUUUGGAAGAUAUGACAGACCUGCUGGUAGAGCAAAGCAAAGAUACAAUAAGAGUGCAGCUCUGGGAGUUUGAAUUGGAGGACUUUGAUGAGGAAGAGGCCAAGCCUCUUCUCACGCUGGUGUGGGAGGUAAACAACAGCAUGAAAAUGAGAGACAUUGAGUUUGAAGCCAGAAGGCUACUCAAGUCACCAGAAGACAUCCCUCCUUGUUUUCAACAUCCAAAGCUUGUUAAUUUGGCUCAAGAGUACGGCAGGAGCCUGACAGAGCAGCUGCAGUCAGCCCCCAGGUCCAAACUGCUCAGCCCCCGAGAUGUGGUGGUGGAGGUCGUUCCAAAAGUCUUGCAGGGCUUCUGGUUACCUCCUCCAAGCACCUUCCUCGACAUGCCCUCCCAGCAGCUCAGUGAAAUGGCUGUUGGUGUCACAAAGUUUGUUUUGGACCGGGUCUCCACUGCUUUGUCUACUGUGCACCAUCGGGUCAAUUUCCUCCGCUCCAUCAGAGACGGCAUGGUCCUGUCUAUCCAGGAAACGGUUAGGCAGAUGUACCCUCAAGACGUCCUGAGGAGAAGGCUUAACUGCUUUGCAGCACAAGUGCUGAACACUAUUGUUGAUGCUGCAGUGAAAGAGGUCCUUCUGCUGUUUCAGCCUCAGACCGAUACCCAUGUGCCUGCAAAUUCAAGCACCAAAAACAAUUGCACCCAGCACACCCAGGCUGGAGAUUUGAAUGAGGAGCCUGGUCUGGAGGAAGAUGGAGAACCAAUCCAAGAUCCAGAAUCAUCUGUUUUGUAUUCUCCACCCAGUCCUCUGACUCCCAAUGCUGAACCUGCUGCCAAUAUUUUCUUGGAUGUAACAGUAUCAUCUGCCUCUAUGCCCCGCCUAGAAGCCUGCUCUGCUGUGGUUCCAGCUCUGCCAUCUUCUGUUCCCCCUACUGAUGAACCUCUUGCCAUCACUGUCAUUCAGGAUGGUUUGACAAUCAGCCAGAUUGAACCAGCGGAGCAGUUGACCCCAGAGACAGACUUUGCCGAGGUGUCAUCACCACCACUUCCUCUGACCCCUGCCACUGAACAUCCAGUCACGACAUCAGUCCUGGAUAGUAACAAUAUGAAUGAAAGGACCACCAGAAAACCUGACUCUUCUGCUGAACCCACAGUGACUACAUCAGCCCUUAAUAGUGAGGACUUGAGCGAGCAGAUCACCACAGAACCAGACUCUGUUGUGGCUUCAGCUCCAACACCUACCGUGACCCCUGCUGAGGAACCUCCUACCAUCACUGUUGUCCAGGAUGGUUUGACAAUCAGCCAGAUUGAACCAGUGGAGCAGUUUACUCCAGAGACAGACUUUGCCAAGGUGUCAUCACCACCACUUCCUCUGACCCCUGCCACUGAAUAUCCAGUCACGACAUCAGUCCUGGAUAGUAACCAUAUGAAUGAAAGGACCACCAGAAAACCUGACUCUUCUGUCUUGUCUCCUCCACACGCUUCUCUGACUAGUUCUAAAUCUUCUGCAAACAUUGACUUGGAUGAAACAGAGGAUUCUUCCUGUGUGCCCAGCCUAAAAGCUCCUGUGGCUACAGCUCAUCCACCACCUCUGACUCCUACCAUCACUGUUGUACACGAUGGUUUGAGAAUCAGCCAGAUUGAACCAGCUGAGCAGCCUGCACCAAAGGCCGACUUUGCUAAGGGGACAUCUCCACCACUUCCCAUGACUCCCCCUGCUGAACCCCCAGUCAUGACUUUAGUCCUGAAUGGUGAGGAUGUGAUCAAGGAGCUCAGCAGAGAACCAGACUCAGCUGUGACUGCGACUCUACAGGCUCUUCCAAUCAACCAUGAUGCAGCGCAGGAUGACCUUACAAUCAGCCAGGUUAAGGUUGAAAAGAAGAGUGGAGUCCAGCGCUUCUUCAGUUGGUUCAGGAAAACACUAUGCUGCUGUUGCCUGCCUGAAGACGCAGACUGAGGGCCAGAUGUACUAACGCUUUUGCACCCACUUCAGGCGUAUUUGUUUCGCAACGUGUGCGUAAAAGC